AUGCAUGCUGUGGUGGUUUCUUCGGAGGUGAAGAAGGAACUUGCGGAUUUGGACCAGACUAUUGUGGCCAUGACUGCGAUUCCCAGUGUGAUGCGAAGGCAGAAUGUGGGAAACGAGAAAUGCCCUCUCAAUGUUUGCUGUAGCAAGUUUGGCCACUGCGGUACUACUGCUGAGUUCUGUGGAGGCAACUGUCAGAAUUCUACUGAUAGUAGCUGCGAGGAACACCCUGCUCCUCCUCAAGGAGCAAGUCCACUUCCUGUUUUGACGAACAAAGUGAUCGGAUAUUAUCAAUCGUGGGCGGAAAGAAGAUCUUGUCAUACUUUCCCUCCCGAUGCCAUUCCUGUCGAGGGACUCACGCAUCUGAACUAUGCCUUCGCCUAUAUCAACCCGGAUUCCCUCGAGAUCACUGUCAUGGAUGACCAGACACCUGAAAGCUCCUUCGCACGGACGACUGAUAUCAAAAACACCAAAUUGCGCAACUCCGAGCUACAAAUAUUUGCGUCCAUUGGAGGUUGGACAUUCUCAGAUAACAAAACCGCGACACAGCCGCUGUUUUCUGACAUUGCAGCUGACUCCGGCAAGCGAUUGAAGUUUGCCAAUAACCUUCUUUCGUUCAUGGUUCACUUUGGCUUCGAUGGUGUCGAUCUAGACUGGGAAUAUCCUGGCGCCGGCGACCGUGGGGGAAACAAAAAAGACGUCAAGAAUUAUGUCUUGUUGAUGAAGACCAUUCGUGAGAAAUUUGAUUCGUCCGCUCGAGUCAACUACGGAUUGUCAUUCACCAUCCCAACUUCCUAUUGGUAUUUGAGAUGGUUUGAUGUACCUGGACUGCUCAAAUACGCCGACUGGGUCAACAUGAUGUCCUAUGAUCUUCAUGGUGUAUGGGACGAAAACAACCCGAUCGGCAACAAGGUGCACCCCCAUACCAAUUUGACUGAGAUCAAACAAGCGUCGGAGCUCCUGUGGAGAAAUGAUGUUGCACCUGCCAAGGUUGUGCUGGGUGUUGGGUUUUACGGACGGUCAUUCCAUCUGAAACACACAAACUGCACUAAGCCUGGAUGUGACUUCCACGGUGAUGCCCAAAAGGGAGACUGUACAAAGUCGUCUGGCACUCUGGCAUAUUUCGAGAUCCAGGACAUUAUCAAAAAGGAGCACAAAAAUGUCACUUACGACGAAGAUGCUGCCGUGAAUUGGAUCACUUAUGGAGAUGGUCUUGACAACUGGGUCAGCUAUGAUGAUGCCAAAACCUUGAAGCAGAAAGUGGAUUACGCAGAUGAAGUUGGCCUUGGUGGAGUUAUGAUUUGGAGUGUUGACCAAGACGAUGAAUCAUUCACAGCUCUUGAAGGGUUGAUUGGAAAGUCACUGCCUUCAUACCACAAAAACCAAAAGCGAACCCACCUUUCGGACACCAACCAUUGGAAAUCCCUGAAUGCUCAGUCCUGCAAGAUCAGCGACUGCGUUGAUAGUGACUCUGAACCACCAUCUGGGUUCGGGCGUGCUCCAAAUGGCAAGUUCCCCGAUAAAUGUGGCAGUGGCAAGUCCAAGUUCAUCUGGUGUCCUCUCAAUGAGAUGCCAAAUUCGUGUACUUGGCGUGGAUCAGGCUCUUGUCACGGACAGUGUCAUCCUGGAGAAGUGACUCUCACACACUCUACACAUGGAGAUACCAAAUGUCUUGCACCAGGUCAACAAGCCUUCUGCUGUAAGAGCAAUACCUGGUCCAAACUGACAGACAAGUGUGGCUGGGGCCCGAUGGACGAUACGUGCCCCGACGAUGCGCCAUACGCUGUCAGCUCCAAAAAGACCGGUCUCUUCCACAGUCAUACAGUUCCUUGGUGCUGUCCUUAUGAUUUCCAAGGAUGCCAUUGGGUCGGUAAGGGAACUUGUGAUGACAACGAGUGCUCCGCAACUGACAUUCAGGCUGGGCUGGAUGAUAAAGGCAAUACUGGAAACAAAUGCGCCAAUGGAUACAAUGGGCGCAAGAAGCCACUUUGCUGCAACACACCGGCGAACACAAAUCCUUUCCUCCCGGUCGCACUGGUCGAUCUUUUCCCCAAGCUACCACCUUCAGACGAUGUCCCUGCCUGGGAUAAGCAGAGCCUUGCAUCGGGUGAUGUGGCAGGAGGAGAAGCAUUCCUGUUUGUGCUUGUCGAUGGACCAUCUGAUACCGUAACCAAUGUUAACAAGCGCGAUGGAUCCCACCUGGAGUUCGUCACCGGCGGUGUUCAUCAUGGGCAGGCUAGACAAACAGCGCACUUUGUCUGCAUGGAUGAUUCAGACACCAGCAACUGUCAUGACAUGCACGAGAAUGGCCUUGACGGGACAAUUCUACGAAUGCCCGAGGGCAAGGGAUUCGCCAAGUAUGCCGUUGCCCACUCUGUGACCAUCUCAAAUUACACGGUUCCUCACAAUCGACUGUCCAAACGUGCACCGCUCGGGGCCAGAGUGUUCGAAUUGGAAUACAGCUACGACUUUUCUAAAGUCAAGCGGGAUAGCUCGAAGGAAGUCUAUCUCCGAGUCGACUAUGGAGACCGUCAACAGUACUGGACUGACGUCGUUGAGGCAAAACAUCACAAACGAGGACAUACCCACCGGCGCUUCUGGAGCGAACUAUGGCAGGAGUGGAAGCGAAUCAUCACGGAAUUCCGUAAAGACGACUUCGUUGGAAACACGAAGCCGUAUUUGUCCAAUGACGACUUCAAUGUCGGCAUCUACGGAUCUACCGGAGAUGUUCAUGGAUGUUCCGAUGCUGGUUUCAUGAAAGUCGACCUCAAAGGAAGUAUGACCGAUGGGUUGAGAUUUGGAUCCAGUAUGGUUGGAACCAUCUCGCCGGAAUUGUCCUUGAAAGAGGCAUAUACCUUUUUCGAUUCCAGCAUGCGGAUGGAAGGAACUCUCGACGUUGAUGCCAAAGGUACUCUCAACAUCAACAAUCACCCAAGUCUGGUGAAAGAUCUUCUUGCGGACCCUAUUACAAAAUUUGAGGCUUCUCAUCCGGGUAUCAUAUCAUUUUCACCCGAGUUCAAUGCCGAAGUCGCCAUGGUUGGACAAGGCGAAAUCGAUGCGAAGUUCACUGUGAAAUUUGAAAGCAUGAGUGAUGGGUCUUUGAAAUCUAAUGCUCCACCACAUCUCGGUGAUUUCGGGGGCUCUGCUAUGCUACAGUCAACUGUUAAAGAUCCCGUUGACGGCAAAGUGUGGGUUGGUGAUAACAGCCAGGAUACGGUCUUCGGUGUCAACAUCAAUCUGGAGUCUUCUCUGAACAUUAAAAUCCACGAUUACUCUUCCACGGGCGUCCAGGCAGAGGCUCAAUUCAAAUCUCGCAUACCUCGCACUAUUCGCGUUGUUGGAGAUACUGGCUCAGGAAAGCCAGGAAUUAUAGAGUCUCCCCAGCAAGCAUCCGUUGGUGUAGAGGCAGAUAAUAAGAUCAAGAUCGGAUGGACCGACCACAAGGACCACCCAGUUGGUGAGCUUCCAAAGCAAAAGGUCCUUUUCACCGGAGGUGAAAGACCUGCCGAGCGCAAGGCCCCGGCUGCUGGGAAGGACAGCAAUAGAAUACUUUUUGCAGACCCUGACGAGAAAUACAUGACAUGCGAGGACGAAGAACUCGAAACUCCUGUCCAGUGUUCUUUUAGGUUCAGUUUCUGGGAUUCCAAUAUCAGACAGCCCGAUCCACCCUAUAAGAAGCGUUCUGAUGAAGACCACGAUCAUUACAACUCAUUGGUGGCUCGAAAGGGCGGUCCCAAUACGGGAGGUCAAGGCCACUAUAUUGUCCAAGAGAACCCCACAUCAAAUGGGCAACAAAUCAACCAAUUCCGUUUCAUCACACCGACAUAUCCCAAUGGCAAUCAAGGCCGAGCUUUGGAUGACGAAAGAGGAUAUAGUGACGCCUACUCUCUUCAGAAUCCCAGUGUAUGUGACGACCCGACCAUCACGAAACACGGCACUUAUUUGAUAAACUAUGACAAUCUGGAUUCGGAGCAUCCAAUUGAUCGAUCAGUGAUUCCGAACUACUUCCUAUCCGUCUUUGUCCAAGAUGGGGAACUGGAACUUGGAAAUGGAGGGCAAACCUAUCAGACUCGUCACUCUACAUGGACUUGGGAUGAAUUAUACGAGUACUUCGCCCAUGAUUACCGGCAAUGGGUCAUCCAUGCGCCUGGGGACCCUGUACCCGCUGGCUCAGCCGCUGAAGACGUUGCUGAUGCCCUCGGCUCAAGUUCAAAUCCAACGGUCAUGACCAACUUCGAACGAAACCUCAAUAUUAUGAAGGGUCAGACGUACACAGGUGGACCUAUGAGCCCGGGUGAUCACGCGAUGAAUACUGCAUUGAGCAGCUUCGAUGAGUCCGCGGUCUGCAAAGUGAUCAGUGAGCUCCGGGGUCAGAUCGCUAUCUUCCACUACAUGCAGGCAAUUAAGGACGAACGAACUUCUGUAUUCAAUGGUAUUCGUGAUGCACUGCAAAACUUCGACAAGACCUAUGCCAAGGUCUUCCCGCAUAGUAGCAAGCGCCUAGCUCCAUUGUGGGAAGAAUUCCACCCCCAAUGGGAGAAAUUUGUCAUCAACAGGACCAGAAGAUUUAUCACGAUGAGACUGAAGGAAAUUUCAGACAAGUGGGAUCCGCUGCAGUACGACGCGAACAAAUCGAAGAGAAAUAUGGCAAUCCGCGUCAUGACACGUGUGAAGAAUAUUGAAAGUUCUGCUGCCACAGACUUGCAUUUUUAG